GAGUUGGGCAUGCGCACAUACUGCAAGGGGCGUGAGAUCAGGAAGCCAUAUUGUCCUGGCUCACGUAAAGUGUACUUGUCAUAUUUAUUAUUAGUUGUGUGUACAUGCUAAUAGUAGGACAUAUCACUAAAAUCAUCACUUUUUCCCUGUAAUAAGUCAACGCGCUGCGUUUUGUUUUGUUUUUCUCGGAAGCAUACAUUUCACUAUUGAUUAUUUUUACUUGGCCAGGGUGUAAAUAAUUCCCCCUACAAUCCAAGAUGGGCACUCGAGAUGAUGAAUACGAUUAUUUGUUUAAAGUGGUGCUGAUCGGGGAUUCGGGCGUGGGUAAGAGCAACCUGCUGUCACGCUUCACCCGCAAUGAGUUUAACCUGGAGUCCAAGUCCACGAUAGGCGUGGAGUUCGCUACCAGGAGCAUACAGGUUGAUGGUAAAACCAUCAAAGCCCAGAUCUGGGACACAGCAGGACAGGAGCGAUACAGAGCGAUCACAUCAGCGUACUACCGUGGGGCGGUGGGUGCUCUGCUGGUGUACGACAUCGCGAAGCAUCUCACCUACGAAAACGUGGAGCGCUGGCUGCGUGAGCUGCGCGACCAUGCCGACCAGAACAUCGUGAUCAUGCUGGUGGGCAACAAGUCUGACCUGAGGCACCUGCGUGCCGUGCCCACGGACGAGGCGCGUGCCUUCGCAGAGCGCAACGGCCUGUCUUUCAUCGAGACCUCUGCGCUCGACUCCACCAACGUGGAGACGGCCUUCCAAAACAUACUGACAGAGAUCUAUCGGAUCGUGUCCCAGAAGCAGAUCCGCGAGCAGCCGGAGGGCGACACGAUCAGACCGCAAAACGUGGAGCCCAUCGAUGUGAAGCCCACGGACCCGGGCAGCGUGCACAAGCAGUGCUGCCAGUGAUGACCCAGAAAUCUACCGCAUUGUGUCUCAGAAGCAGAUCCCGGACAGCCCCAAUGACGACACUCCGACCGGCAGCAUGAAGCCCAUCCACGUGGAGCCAACGGACGAGAGCGCCGCCGCCAAGAAGGCCUGCUGCAUGCCGUAGUGUGCGUGUGCGCGGGACGCUCGCCGGGACCUCGCCUGGUGCGUCGGGCGCGGGGCGCGUCACGCUGCCCCUCCCCCGGGGUCAAACUGGACUUUUCAGGGCCCCUACAUUCCGUUAUCGGUACUCUGCUGGAUUUAGUUUUUCAUUUUCCCAGUUUCUUUCAUCAUUGUAAAAAAUUGCACUCGCACGUUGCAUUUGAUUGGAGUUGCACUCUGCGUUUAAAGUGUUGGCUACGAAUUAAAUUUUGCAUUUCGUCGCGUAUGGAGAUGUGAGGUUUCUGCUUGGUCGCCUCUUUUCUGUCUGGAAAUAUUUUACACCGAGGUUUGUCUGAUACGUUGCCUUGUUUUCGUGAUUCCAAGUGAAGCUCACUGCUGUUUGUGUGUUUGUACAUAUUCAUAAUAGUGUAACUAACAGUGCUUUAGUGAUUUAUUAAUUACCGAGGCAUAAAUGAACUUUGUUAAUAUGUAAUUACAGGCACCCCUUUUUUUCAGUAAUGAGUUGUAUUGUAUGCUGUGUUGCUGGAUAAUGUUUGCAUAUUAGCAUUGUUUUCCGGUUUUGCUAUGUCUAGACUUGUAAUUUAAGAACAAAUAAUGUUUAUUUUUUAUUUUUCUGGUGCUGUGGGGGUUAUUUUUUGUACUGCUACUGGACUCGCCACCGACGGACAAUGCACGCGAUGUCACGUUGCACCCACGUCAUUGGAGCUGAGUUUGAAGGUCUUGGAUAGACACAUAUACAUAGGUAUUUAAGGUUAUCUAUCAUAGAAUUUUUAUUUAUAUUCAUGGAUAAAUUAAACUUAUGGCUUCUUGUUUUUCUGCUUUCAAUUUGUGCUGAGAAAUUCUACAAUGUGGGUGUUCUUUAUAUAUUUUUUUUUUGUUCCUCAUAGUGAGAAAAAAAGAAAUAUAUAUAUGUACGUUCUGACUAAGAAAAUGAAAUGGUUUGAUCUUUAUGUACAUUAAAAAAAAUUGUGGUUAAAUAAAUAUUUACAUCUUCAGAAUCCUCUUAACACCAUGUCAAUAGCACGUAGACAGGCUGGGUCACCAACAUUACUAGAGAUGAAAUCUGCUUCAGAAAUUUACCAUUUUUUUUCCACUGGGGGGUUGUGUGAAUUUGGGUAAGUGUUAAGUGAAUGAUUUUGAUGUGGAACAAAGUGUGUGGGCCUAGUGAACUAGCAAUAACAAUAUUAUGGUAUAAAUCAUGUGUUAUUAAACAAAAUAUUGCUGCUUAUUUAAAA